AUGACUCGCGCUGGUACGCGGGGGGUGGGGGCGGGACUCGAGCUGAGCUAUGACGCUCGCUGCCGUUGGCAUUGCGCGCGAAGAAAACCAACCCAAUGCCCGCUGCCUGCUGCCAUCCAGUCGACAACAUCGCCACUCGGAAGACCCGUCACUUGCAUCGAAGCUCUCGCCCCCGCCGUGUAUCGUCGUCUCCGCAGUCUCCUCUCACUCGCCACCAUAGGCCGCAAGCACAAGCCGCACCGCCAGCACGCCCCCCAGGGCAAGCACGGCAAAGACAGACCCCAGAACAAGAACCCGAAUCGCGGCAAGGCUGGAAGGGCAGGCCGCGGUUGGAGAAUGGGCCAGGACGAGAGCUCCGUCGUUGACGAGAGCGUUCCGCCCUCGACGCUCGACUCCCGCUCCCUCGACGGCCUUGCGAAAUACAUUCGCCAUGGCCGCGCAAAGCGUGUCGUCUUCAUGGUCGGCGCCGGCAUAAGCACCUCCGCAGGCAUUCCCGACUUCCGCAGCCCGGACACCGGCCUCUACGCCAAUCUCGCCCGUCUGAACCUGCCCUACGCCGAGGCCGUCUUCGACAUUUCCUACUUCCGCAACAACCCGCUGCCCUUCUACACCCUGGCCCACGAGUUGUACCCGGGCAAAUACCGCCCCACUAUCACCCACUCGUUCAUGCGCCUCCUGCACGACAAGGGCAUCCUCUUGAAACUCUUCACCCAGAACAUCGACUGUCUCGAGCGCGAGGCCGGCGUGCCUGGCGACUUGAUCGUCGAAGCCCACGGAAGCUUCGCCGACCAGGCCUGCAUCGACUGCGGCCAGGGCUUCCCCGACGACAAGAUGAGGCAGCACAUUCACAGCAAGGAGCCUCCGCGCUGCGAACGGGAGAGCUGCGGCGGCCUGGUGAAGCCCAAGAUCGUCUUUUUCGGCGAGCAGCUGCCCGCCGCCUUCUUCGACAACCGCGACAAGCCCGCCGAGGCCGACCUCUGCAUCGUCAUGGGCACCAGCCUCAGCGUCCAGCCCUUCGCCAGCCUGCCCAACUUCGUCAGCGACGGCUGUCCGCGGGUGCUCAUCAACAAGGAGCAAGUGGGCUCCAUCGGGUCGCGUGGGGACGAUGUAAUGCUCCUUGAUGACUGCGACACGGGUGUGCGCAGAUUGGCCGAGGCAUGUGGCUGGCUGGACGAGCUGGAGGCGCUGUGGGCCAAGACGGCGCCCAAGGAUGCGGCCGACUUGGGCAAGGAGCCACCCAAGACCAAGGACGAGGCGCUCGAGGACGAGGUCGACAAGCUCAGCAGGCAGGUUGAUCAGACGCUGAAGCUGGCCGACAACCAGCACAAGUGGUUGGAAAACCACAUUGGGAAAAAGGCCGGCACGCAGAGCGGCCCUCAGUCACCGCAGCCUGAAAAGGAACUCUCUGCCAACCCUGACACGGGCAAUGUCACCGACCAUGGCGAAAGCAGAGUCAAGUCGGCGGAUGAAUUGAAGCCGGAUGCCACGCCAAAGGUUCCGCUCGAUGAGCCCAAUGGUAGUCUCGCCCACGUGUUCCCGCAUAUAUCGAAUAAACCUUCCUUGUAG